AGAGAGAGAGAGAGACAAAGACAGGAAAAAUCAAUGGAGACAGAGAACAUCUUUCUUUUUGUGCCGAAUAUUAUCGGCUAUGGCAGAGUUUUACUUGCAUUGAUAUCCUUUUACUAUAUGCCAACACAUUAUGCUGUAGCGGCAUGGUGUUAUAUUAUUAGUGCCCUAUUAGAUGCUUUUGAUGGGCAUGCAGCAAGAUACUUUAAACAAGGAACAAAAUUUGGUGCCAUGCUUGAUCAGUUGACAGACAGAGCCGGUACUAUGUGUCUUCUAGUCACUCUGGCACAAUUUUAUCCAGCUUACACUUUUUGGUUUCAAAUUAGCAUGACUAUUGAUAUUGUUUGUCAUUGGAUUUAUUUGCAUACAACUGUUUUACAAGGCAAAACGAGUCACAAAUUUAUAGAUAUGUCUGAAAAUGCUAUUAUGAAUGUAUAUUAUACUAAUCGUACAGUUUUAUUCUGCAUGUGUGCUGGUAAUGAAGCAUUUUAUGCAGCUUUGUAUCUUUUGAAUUUUACCGAAGGUCCUGUGUUAUUUGGUAUUAGUUUAUUUAAAGCUGUUACAUAUAUAUCAGCUCCAAUUGCUUUUAUAAAAGCUUUGAUUUCAUUACUUCAUGGUUAUGUAGCAUGUAUAAAUCUCAGCAUUAUCGACACAAAGGAAAGGGAAGCAAUUCAGAAAGCCAAAUAAAAUUUACAAACUAUUUCCAACUUGCUAGUCAAGAUUCAUGUGAUCGUAACAAUCUUCCUUAAAUUUGAUUUACUAAACAUUUAUGUUUACAUGAUGUAGUAAUUAGGACGAUUUAGCUAAAUUUGUAUAUCCUAUGUAUUUGCAUUAUUACAAAAUUAAUUU